UCCCCUAGUCGAUAACGGGAAAACCCAUUCACAUAAUGUAACUUUAUAUAUACGCGACCGUAUUUGUGGAAAGAGAAAUCCAACAUGCCGACCGUCUGCGAGGAAUCGGGGGCUUCGUCCUCUGGAUACGAUUCUACACUCGAUCUGAAAACCAAACUUUUAUCCCAGGAAUAUACUCACGAGAAAUGCUCGUGUCACGAGUUCACUCCCAGUGGCAGAUUGUUCGGGAGAACACGUUCAUUAGACCCCGAUCUUUUAAACAGAUGUGCCGAGUGUCAGAAAGAAAAGACUAGAGCAAAGCUCGUUCGUUAUGAGAAAAUUCCGGAAGAUGUGGAUGGGGGCCGUGUUCAGGUUGGUGGGGAUCCUCUGGGAGGAACGAGGGUGGUGGAUAACCGAAUGGGAGGGACCAUGCUGGUCAGUGACCCAGAUAUAGAGGUGAAACAGAAUCUUCUAAACACGGACAAUGAACAAGAUGAUAACAUUAUAAAUAACAAGAAAAAGGAAAACCCCGGGGACUGUGACCUAGAAAAAGGGUCUGGCCCCCCGGCGAGGAAACCUUGGACACGGAGGAAACUGACUCUAAAAAUAACUAUAGGUUUAAUUGUGAUUGCAUUAGCUAUAGCAGGAGUCGUUCUCGGCGUAAUCAACAGACCACCAAAGGGUGACGGCCCGCCAGUCAGUCAGCAGUUACAUCUGAAGUCAACCCCAUUACCUGUUACAGAAUUCCACACUCAUUCCCCGCUGAGGAACUGCACGUUGGUGAUGGAGCUGAAUAAGAACGAUAUUCCAGUUCUUAUUCCAGUGGGAUCCCAAGACUUCCAGACUUACACCGUUCCAUGGAGGCCCCAUUCCACAGUCUCGGCAAGCAACGCCAUCUUGUAUUCACCGGAAACUCUGACAUUUAAUGCCACGAGGGCCGGACAGUUCUCUGUGCACAUCGAUGUUCACAUUGACACAAACUUCUGGAUUGAGGAGAAACAUCUCCAAAAGACAUUUUCUUCCGUACUUUGCAUUCAUUACCCUAUAAAAACUUUAGACUCUAAGAAAUGUAUCACCAAUAAAUACAUUACACGAACUGUGAGUACACAGCAGCUACACAAGGAGGUGUUCUUGGAGAGGGGGGAGAGUUUCUACGUGACUAUUGGAGUGACUAAUCUGGACAUGAUUUACCACCUUAAAACAGACAAAAACAACCUGAUUGAAAUAACCUCUAAGAAAUGCUAGUCGAUGUAGAAUAUUGUGAUAUUGUUAUUUUUAUUUGAUGUAUAGUUUUGUAUAUAGAAAUAUUUGUUACGUUUUUAAUAAAACAAUCAUUUUCACUAAAA